AGAUUAGGUAGAACUAAAUUCCUUUUUCUGAAUUGAAAUGCAAUGAUGUAUUUUUCCAUUUCGAUUGGGAUAAAAAACUUGUUUUUAAGUAGCUAUUCUGGUGUUAAUCAUAGUAUAUCUGGAAAUGGUGGUGUGGAUUGUUAUAACUUUAUUUCAUUGGAACAACGUUUUUUAGAUACUUUUAUUUUCACAGUUAUAUUUGGAAUAACUUUAUUGCCAUAUAUCACUCGUAGUUUAUAUUGUCCUCAUAAACUUGAAAUAGAAAAGUUAUGCAUAAAAAGUGUUUCAAAGAGCAUAUCUGGGGUCCGAAAACUCUUGCUUAUUAUUUUAUCCUUUAUCUUCGGAAUUCAAGUUGGGUUUAAAAUACUAAAGGGUGUUUGGCUUUUUUUGUUAAAUCCUUGUCAUGUAAUCACAGGUGUACAGAUCUAUUUGCUUGGAAGUGAACCAUCAAGAACAUCUGUAGCUAUUUUUAGAGUGCACAAUCAUUUACUUUUUGGAACCUUUCUUGCAUUACUUUUUCCUGUUCUAAAUACAUUUGAGAGCAUUGGUGAACAAGUCAUGUAUUGGUUGCAACAUUUAUUGAUUGCAAUUGUUGUUCCUCCGUACCUUAUGUUUGUUGGAGGUGCGUAUAGUUGUGAACCUUUGACAGAUUUAGCUUGGCCUUUUUUGGGAGUUCUUAUAUUCUUUUUUUACAUGAUGUACUUCCUUCAAUCUAUUGCAUUGAUGACACUAGUAAAUUUAAACAGUGUUUUGUGCCCCGCGAUAUCGGAUCCGUUUUACGGACCCUCCUGGCGAUGGUUUGCAAUGAUUCAUCAACCUUUAUUGAUUCUAUCGUUUGGAAAGAUAUAUACUAUUUGUAUUUUUUACAUAUUUAAAUUACUUAAUAUUUCCAGCGGAAAGAAAAAGGAAUGUUUUAUAGAUUUAUUUGAAAAGCUAAAAAAGUCUGAAUGAAUUCGUAAAAGACUUAAAUAUUUCACGACUUGUGUUUGCUUUUUAAUUAAUAUUUUUUUUAAUUAUACAAAUAUAUUCCAUAUACGUCACAGUAUCGUUCUGUUCAAAUCACAUAUUUUAUAUCUUGUUCUACAUUUUUUAUAGCUUAUUUAACUGUUGUAAGGUAAACUGUAGCCAAAAUGUUGUCAAAAUUUACAAAACUUAAUAACCGAUAUUUGUAACUAAAUUUUGAGUUUUCGAGUAGCAAAUUUGUUUGGUUUAACAGUAAAUUUUUAUUUUUUGAAAGUAUUUAUGCCAAAUUUUUUAUAUGGUGUUUCAGUUUACGCUUAUAAAAUUU